AUGGUCGUCACAUAUCUCCCCUCCCAGUCCAGAAAGAAACAAGAUGUGCCCUUACCAUACACAGCAUCACCAUUGCAAUUGCUGUGGGCUGACAUCCUCCUCUUCCUUCGAAGUCUCUGGAGCCUGCCUGGUAUAAUACUACCCUUGAAACCAUGGAACUCGGGAGCUUUGGAUGAAUUGUAUCCGUCCAAGGAAAAUUUACGCGACAUCGUCGUUCAUUUAUUUCUGGCUCUCUAUCAGCUCAUGUUUCUCUUGUCACUGCCUAUUUGUGUUAUUCUCGCCUUCCCGGCGCUGGGGAUCGGAAUUUAUAUGACAAUCGCUUUAACUUUGAAUUGGGUCAUUUGCAGGUUUGCUUUGAAUGGGAGUGCCAGGAUUUUGCAGUCGCGAGUCCCCGUCGAACCACGUCCUGAACACGAGCGUGAGCACUGGAUCUUCGUUAAUGGAGUCGGAGCCGGGUAUCACUGGCUGCAGAGCAGCGUUGAUCGGCUGGCGUAUACGUUUGGCAGAAACAUUACCGGCGUUCACAAUCCAACACUUGGGAUCGUUUUCGAUGUCAUCGAGUGCUUGAUCCAAAGGAAUUUCUCAUACGCCACCUCGGACGUGAGGGAUGCGUACGCGAUCAUCAAGGACGCAUUGUUGAAUCCACAAUACGAGAAGGUGAUCCUCAUUCUUCACAGCCAAGGUGGUAUUGAGGGGGGCUUGGUCAUUGACUGGCUGCUGGAUGAGUUGCCUCGAGAGCUGCUGCAUAAUCUCGAGGUAUAUACCUUCGGUAACGCGGCGAACCAUUUCAACAAUCCGUUUAAGACAUUGUCGCAUGCUCGUCGGAACGAAUCCGAAGGUGAAAGUCCACAGGCCAAUUCGGCAUCAAUAGCGACAAAGACCAUUCGUCGAAUCGAGCACUAUGCAAACUCCAAGGACUUUGUCAGCGUGUGGGGGAUAUUGAACUUUGCCAGUAUUCCUAAUCGAUACAUGGGACGAGUUUUUGUGCGGCCUGGUUCCGGUCAUCAAUUCAUCCAGCACCAUUUAGAUACCAUGUUCACGUUAGGGAAAGAUAUGAAGACCCUGGACACGAAUGAUUUCAUGGAAAUGGAAGUGGAAGUCCAAUUAGAUGGGUCAAAUAGGCCAGAAACAGACAGGAGAGACACUGGAGACAGGCUCGACCAUGACGAGAUUGACUUUCCGUAUGAUGAGAUGACCGCAAAUGGCUCAUUACUCCAGACAGAUGCCUAUCUCAGCAGGAAGAUGAAAGUCAAGGAUCUUAGCCGGCUGUGGCUCUAUCGAAAUGGUGCAUCACCAAUAGACGGGUCCUGA